AUGGAUAAAUACCAUCCUGGUUAUUUUGGUAAAGUCGGUAUGAGAUAUUUUCAUUUGACACGUAAUAAAUAUCAUUGUCCGAUUAUCAAUCUGGAUAAGUUGUGGACUUUGGUUUCCGAAGAAACGAGAAAAAAAUAUGAGAAGGAUACAAAAGCUGCACCAGUUAUUAAUAUUUUAAAUCAUGGUUAUGGUAAAGUUUUGGCAAAAGGUCGUCUCCCAAAACAACCUAUGAUUGUUAGGACACGACAUGUCUCUAAAAGAGCGGAAGAAAAAAUAAAGGAAGCUGGUGGUGUUGUUCAAUUAAUUGCUUAG